GAAAAGUGAGCAUUAAAUUUUGAAUCAAAAUUAUAUUUUUGUUUCUUUGAAAAUGAAACUCUCAGGGUGUCUAAUUUUUAUUCUACUUUCAACAUUGAUAGUAAAUAUUUUAUCGAAGGAACAUUGUUGCAGCGACAAAGUUUUAUUUUACUCGAAAAAUCACGGUGUCUAUUGUGAUGUCGAGGAUUCAACUAAAAAAUGCGAAUCAUCUGAAAAAAUGAUAUUUUCCAUAACACACGAUUACUGCAAAUGUAUACCAACAUCGAACAAUGAUGAAAUUUAUAAACCCUCUUCUCAUCACUUGCAUUGUCUCUUGAAGAAAAAAUCUAAACAUUCUUCACAUUCUUCUUCAUCAGCAUCUUCAAGUUCUUCCUCUGAAAGCGAUUCAUCAUUUUACAAUCAAGACGAUUACACAGAGUUGACUUCUUCUCAAAACAAAUUUUACGGACAAUCGGAUCUGAAUAAAUAUUAUCUUUAUUAUUCGAGAAUGUUUAAAAAAUAAGUGAAAAUGGAAUAUUUUUAAUAUAUUCUUUUAUCAUUGAAUAGAUUUCGAAAUUAUAAUUACGAUUAUUAAUAAUAGUUUUAAUAUGUUUAUAACUAAAUAAAUAAUAAC